AUGAGGGAGCGGCUUGGCAGGAUGGUCGUGGCUUCAGACACUUCUGGGAACCCAGUCCAACAGCUGAGGAUCUUGCUUGUUGGAAUGAUUGGAUUUUGUGUCACUGAGGCUGGUUUUGGUGCUGACAUUGGCAUGGAGAAGUUCUUCCAAUAUCAAGUGCCGUUACUCUGGUUGGUGCAAUGCAGUAGUUUUGGUGGCACCGUGCGAUCACUCAAAAAUGCCAUGGUCGCGGUCCAACAGUCUCCCUGGAGUUCCACUUCCUGGCAGCCUAUACAGAUGAACACUUGGAGCUUGUUGAAGGGCUUCAGCAACUUGGGCAAACAGAUUGAGAAUGGUCGCAUGUUGUGGCGUUCCAGUAGUCGUUGCAAUCAAUGCGUUUGCAAUGUGCCUCUGAUGCAGUCAUUUGCAACCAUCGGGGCCAAGGGAGGCUCAGGUGCUGUGCACCUUGCAGAAGCUGUUUUGUCUAAGCUUCCCAGCCACCCCUCAUACUUCAAGUUUCCUGAUACGAUCUUAGAGCUGCCAAUUGAGGAGAAAAUUAGGACAUUGGCUUCAGAAGAUUAUGUUGCAGAUGAAUGUUGGAUUAAACCAGAAGCACAAGACAGAUUAAUCGCGAAGGACGCAGGGGUCCUCUUAUAUCAGAGUUAUCUCCUUAUCAGUCCACAACAAUUCACAACUAGCCUUGCUGUGUGCCAUAUUCCUGACAUUAGCAUGUAG